AUGGGCUUUGCCUCCAAAAUCGCCAACGCUCAAAACAACGCGCCGAAGAUGAGCGGUGCUUAUUCAGGAGCUCCGCCCGCUGGCUACACGGGAGGUCCUCCUGCAUCGCUGCAGCCUGGUGCUGGUGGAUAUCAGCAACAGCAACAACAGUAUCAAGCUUACUCGCCGUCCACUCCUAGCAAUCCGACGACGUCCAUCAUCAUGUCUCGACCUUAUUAUAACCAACAAGGAUAUCCUUCUCAGCUUCGACCUGGUUCAGCUCAGCCCCAGUCUCCCUAUCCAACAUCUACUCCGCCGCCACAACAGCAACAAUAUCAGCCCUAUAACGCACCCUCGGUGCCUCCCAACAAGCCAGCUCCUUCGCCUUCCCCGGCUCCUACAUCCCACUCUCCUUAUCCUACUGCUCAGUCACCUGCACCUCAGGGAUAUCCGCAAGCACCGUACAGCCCCCAUCCACAGUCACAGGGCUACCCUCAGGGUUCACCCUACGGUACUGGACCUUCAUAUGGCCAAGGGCAGCCCCAGCAAGGUUAUGGACGAACCGCCCCACCUCCACCACAGGCUCAACCCUACGGACAGCCAUAUUCUCCGCAGCAACAGGCAUAUGGACAGCCUUAUGCUCCUCAAGGCGCGCCGUACCAAGGCGGACCUGGAGGUCCACCAGGGGGCCCAGGACAGGCUGGAUAUGGCCACCCUGGCGGCGCUCCUCCCGCCCGUGCCACUGAGCAGCAGAUCGGCGCCUACAGACAGCUUUUGAUUGGCACCAUUCAAGAGAAGAAUUUGCAAAGCUUUUACCCUCCUGACAAGCUGGAUAGACUUGUCCAGUCGUUGGCCAAUGAAGCUCCGGCAAAGGUUGACAGACUUGUCCAUGAGUGGUCAGUGCCGCAGGAAGUGGCAAUGGACGUCAUGAAACUCGCUCUCUUUGAUGUUAUCCUUUAUGUCGAUGACAGUGGUUCCAUCGAGUUCGAAGAGAAGGGGGUGAGAAAAGAGCAGCUGAGACAGAUUCUUGGCAUCGUCGCGACCGGUGCGUCGACGUUCGAUCAAGAUGGCAUCUCUGUGCGCUUCAUGAACAACAAUGAAAUUGCCGAUGGUAUCCGCAGCGUCGAUGAUGUCAAUAUGCUCGUCUCACGUGUUCGCUUCGCCGGCUUGACACCAUUGGGUACAAGCUUGAGGAACAAGGUUCUUGAACCAAUGGUUGUUGCUCCUGCUCGGGCCGGUCGUCUGCAGAAACCUGUCCUGAUCAUCACCAUCACUGAUGGUCAGCCUGCUGGUGAGCCACACGAUACUGUCGCUAGCGCCAUUCGAUAUGCCAGCGAAGAGGUAUCCAGAACCCAGUACGGAAGAGGUGCAGUUUCGUUCCAGUUUUCGCAGGUUGGCACCGACACCAAGGCCCGCGAGUUCCUUGCCAGUCUGGAUGAGGAUCCCCACAUCGGAAGUUUGAUCGACUGUACAUCCAACUUCGAAGUCGAACAGGAUGAGAUGGCCCGCGCCAACCCUCCAAUUCAUCUGACUCGCGAGCUCUGGUGCGCCAAAUUGAUGCUCGGUGCCAUUGAUUCCUCGUACGAUACCAAGGACGAAAAGGCUGCAGCCCGUCCUGGUGGUCCUGGUGGUCCCGGCGGUCCUCCCCCUCCUGGACCUCCUGGCCAGUACGGAGGUUACAACCCAGGCCAAAACUAUGGCCAGCAGCCCGGCUACUAUAAUCAACCUCCACCCUCUGGAUACAAUCAGCCAGGACCCUAUGGCCAGGGACAAGGCUACAACCAAGCGCCUUACUCCCAAAGCCAGGGUGGACCCCAACAGCCUGGCUAUGGACAGGCGUACGGUGGAUAUGGAGCCCCUCCUCCCUCUGACCCAUACGGACGUCCUCCCUCUGGUCCUUCUCCCGGUGGCUAUCCCCCGCAGCAGAGACCCUAUGGACAGCCUCCACAACCUCCGAGGUACUGA